CGACCUCUAUGUAAGACACACUUCAUCAGAAGCCAAUUAACUAACCAAGACACUAAACAUCUUUGGACAACGAGAGCUAUGAUGGGCUGGACAUCUAAAUUAUUCGUCUUUGCUGUUCUGAUCACCCUCAUGGGAUGUUUCACUGGUGCAUUAGGCAAUUUUCGUCGGCCAACUAGAGUCGGAGUCAACUGCUGCAAAGAAGUGUCAAAUGCAAGGAUCCCGGCUAAAAUCUCACUGAUUGGAUACAAACAUCAGAAUGCUCUGGAUCCAUGUGUCGAAGCCAUUAUUUUCUACACAGCGAAUGAAAAAUACUGCUCUGAUCCAAAGGCACGCUGGAUUUCUCAUAGGAUGAAAGGUCUGAAGGAGAUAAAGGACUGAGUCAAUGGAGGUCUAUAUGGGCUGCAUAUCUGAAUAAUAGCUUUAAGGCACAAAUAUAUUUAUCUGCGCAUCUAUCUGAAGAAACAGGAACUAUAUUUAGGCUAUUUACACUUAUUAUUUGUGUUUAUUUAAUUGUAAAACUUAAUGUAUAUCCUUUAAGCUUAUGGGUGAACGAAAUGUUUCACUUAUAGCUGUAAUGCUUUGUUUUAUCUGCUAAAAUAAUUAAAAUCUUAUUAAAU